CAAAGAAGAAACAAGAAGAACCCGGAUGAACAGUACAUAUACAAGAAACCGCCUUCCGCUAGCCCUCUUUCUUGUAAAGCUAACCACGUUGUUGGUGACUUUGCCUGGCUCACCGCUGUUCGCUUGAUUUUUCUUCCGAAUAAGUCGGUCAGGAAUCACUACAAUGGCUUUCAAGGACUCUGGGAAGGCACCCGUUGAGACUGAAGUGACCAUUCACCGCAUCCGUAUCACCCUCACCAGCCGUAAUGUCAAAUCUCUGGAGAAAGUGUGCGCUGACUUGAUCCGUGGUGCAAAGGAGAAGAACCUGAAGGUGAAGGGACCAGUCCGCAUGCCAACCAAGACCCUGCGUAUCACCACCAGAAAGACCCCCUGUGGUGAAGGCUCCAAAACCUGGGAUCGGUUUCAGAUGCGAAUCCACAAACGCUUGAUCGAUCUGCACAGCCCAUCUGAAAUUGUCAAGCAGAUCACCUCCAUCAGCAUCGAGCCUGGUGUUGAGGUUGAAGUUACAAUUGCUGACGCAUAAAUAUGCACUGAUGCAAUAAAGAAUACGGAAAGAAACUGA